AUGCAGUUCUAUCAGAGUAUUCUAGCCAUCCUAGCCCUCGGCGCUACCAUGGUCAUGGCCGACCUCCGUGGCGGCGUAUGCGAAGCGAGCACCCAGACUUGCAAGCUGACCAGUCCUGGAAAACCAGGCAACGCCCCGAAUAUCGUGGUAUUGACUUGCCCCGAGUAUGAACCUUGCACUUCCGAUGGAAGCGGCUGUACCGGUUCCUCCUACAAUACCGUUGCAAACCAAUGUACCUAG